AUGUACAAAAAUGUUGACACAGAUGUGGAAGACUCAUCUGCCAAGGGAAAAACUCCAAGUAGGACCAAGAACCAUGUAGUUGGUGGACACAGUGACGGUGAAGAUGUUGACACAGAUGUGGAAGACUCAUCUGCCAAGGGAAAGAGUCCAGGUAGGACCAAGAACCGUGUAGUUGGUGGACACAGUGACAGUGAAGAUGUUGACACAGAUGUGGAAGAUUCAUCUGUCAAGGGAGAGACUCCAGGUAGGACCAAGAACUGUGUAGUUGGUGGACACAGUGACGAUGAAGAUGUUGACACAGAUGUGGAAGACUCAUCUGUGAAGGGAAAGACUCCAGGUAGGAUCAAGAACUGUGGAGUUGGUGGGCAAAGUAAUGGUGCUGAUACCAAGGAAGAAACAAUUAAACCCCAGCUGGAGAAUUCAGAAGAUACUUGUGCUCAGAGGAUCUGUUCUUCAAGUGGUAAGGAGAGCAGCACAGACAUGGAAGAGGUUUCCCUCAAGAAGAUUGAGUCAGGCGGUCAUAGUGUCAGCGAGAGACACGGUGAUGUGGUUGGGGUGACAAAAAAUUCUGAGGUUGAACUCGAGAUGAGUUAUGAAGAUAGUGACAAAUCUCCUAGGGACUUUGACAAGAAGGAGCCCUCGCCGAACCCUAUGCAAUCCAACCUCCCCAUGCUCUUUCUAGGUAGUGAUACAGAUGAGGAAGAGGAGGCAGGUAAUCCAGAUGUGGAAUCAAAGAAGCGCCCACCAGUCUCUGGUGCAGAGUCCAGCAAAGGAAGUAGAGUGAGCUGUUUGGGGGAUCCAGAUGUUGGAUCUCGAGAAAAACCACCCGACCAAGACAAGGACAGUGAUACUAAUGAGGAAGUGACAUCUGUGGGUCAUGAUAAAUCGAGGGCUCAGGACAGCGAUACAGACACGGAAGACGUUGCUCCAUUUUUACUAAGAAAACCCCUAGAAGUGAAAAGCUGCCAGAUAAUAAUCCCAGGGAGAUCCCAGGCGGAAGGAGAGCCGUUGGCUUCCUCCGCAGUGGGUAUAGGAGGGGACUUCAAACCUCGUGAAGACAACGAAGACACAGAUGCCGAGAGAGAGGAAUCCUAUUCAGCAGAUGAGAGCAACACCGAUGAUGAGCUUGAUGUGUCCUUGCAAGCUACACAGUGUUACCUGUCGACUGAAAGCACACCACCUGGACCUGAAAAAGCUGGAGGUAUCACAGCUACAGUAUCAGAUUUUGAUUGUGCUCUCGAAGAGGAGCCUACUCAGUCCUUUGACUUCAGCCCAUCCUUUUUACCCACUAAACAUCAAUUCAGGAAUGUAACCAGCUCACCUUUGAAAGACAACAGUUCUGACCAGGAAGAUGAUAUCCUGGAAGCUACCCAGCCAUACUGUGAGGAGCCCGAGCAAGUCUCAGCAGAGCCCUGCGAAGCCUUGACUGGCAAAGAGAAGCGGCUUGCCCAGGACCAACCCGAAGAGGACAAAUGUUUUGAGCCGGUGCCUCAGCCUGACUUCCCAGCUGCAACCUCUCCAGGAGAAGAAACCACCUCCAGUCUUCCAGGAGACCACCUUCCACCUCAGGCUGUGGCGUUGCCCUCUAUGCAGUCCCCAUUGCAGACACCAGAGGGCGCCCCUGAAGAGGACCCUCAGCCUCUCCCUUCUGUGCAAAUUCCCCUUGUGGCCAGCAAGGGGUCCUUGACGCCACAGGAAGAAAAAAGGGUGGAGGUCCUGGGAAGUGGAAGCCCUUCUUCUGAGGUGGUGCCGAGACAGAGUGAGGCAACUCCUGUGGGUGACGGUGUGGAAGAAAACUCAGAAUUAGUAAGAGAAACAAGGAAUACUAAGAAGGUGUUGGUGCCAACCCAGGAGGAUCCGGUUUCAACAACGCCCCCCGCCCGUGAGUUGCGGCGCAAUCUGCGAUCUUCCACCACUUCCCCUUCACCCACCCCUGUCCCAGAAAGACGAAGCCUCCGCCGUCACGGAUCUGGGGCUGUGAUUGCAUCCAGUACCCCGGCUGCUCCAGAGACCAGGCGUAGGGGGCUGCGGCAGCUCAGCAACGCAAGUCAACGAAUGAGGAUAGUGAAGGAGAGGCCACAACAGCCUGAAGAAGAAGAGGGCCCCAGGAAGAAGGCCAGGAAUGAAGACCUGAACGCUGCUCCCAUCCCUCAAGGUCGAACGAGGAGCUCACAGAGGGAAUCCACAGCCGCCAGGAAAGUUACAGAAGUGGCGAAAGCUGUAUCUGGCAGCAACCCCGGGGCCAGGGAGCCCACAAAACGGGUCAGGGGGGCUCCUGCUCCAGACCGUGGGCUAGAAGGACAGAGGGAGCAUCCAAGGACUCGGGCCAGCAAGCUCUCCAGCAGUAGCAGCAGCGCUUCCGUGAGCACCCCAAGCCCAAAGGAUUCUGGGAAAGACGCCAAGCCUGCGCAGGAACCCGUCUCCACUCCGUCUUCAGGAAGGAGGUUGCGGUGUCACAGCCCAGGGAGCAAAGCGACAAGUCAAAAAGCUUCAUCGGGGAGUCGCAGCCGCCGCGCCACUGGACCUGGCAGCCCUGCCCCCAAGAGCAGACGGAAUGCUUUUUUCCUGGCACCAAACAACUUCCUCGUUCGGGACCCUGAGCAGGAGAAGAAUUUGCGGUUCAACCUCUCCACCUCGCUGCAGACGGCACAGCAGAAGGGAGCCCUGUUCCAGGGCUACGAGAUCCAUGUCACGCCCAACGUGAAGCCAGAACCGGAACACAUGAAAGACAUUGUUAAAUGCAGUGGUGGGACCUUAUUACCAAGAAUGCCACGGGCCUUUAAGGAGAAACGUAUUGUGGUAUCCUGCCCUGAGGAUCUGUCGCGCUGCAAACCGGCUCAGGAGGCCAGAGUCCCCAUCACCAACGCGGAGUUCAUCCUGACGGGUAUUCUGCAGCAGAUGGUGGACUUGGAGGCUCACCGCCUGGAUGGAAAUAUGGGUCCAUCUCCUGCUUCCAGCCCCCUUGUUCCCUCUACCAGAACCAGCAAGAGGCGGGCAGCCACACAGACGGCCCCAGCUCCGCCCAGCACAGCCAAGAGACGACGCUGAUUCCCCCAAGGGCGGCACUGCCUUAAAAUUGUACAUAUGGGAUUUUUUUUUUUG